UAUGGUUAGGGGAAGCAGGUCGGCGCUGCCCCUGGUGACACGUCCCGGCGCCGCCCGUCGUUGGCUCUGGCCGCCAUUUUAUGUGAGCCGCAGCCGGAGCCGGACGGCCGGGACCAGAGGAGUCACGAUACCGGCGGAGGGGAGCUGGGCCUCUUCCGCGUCCCGCCAUGCCCUCCUCGCCGCUCCGGGUGGCCGUGGUGUGCUCCAGCAACCAGAACCGCAGCAUGGAGGCGCACAACAUCCUUAGCAAACGAGGAUUCAGUGUUCGAUCCUUUGGAACAGGGACUCAUGUGAAACUGCCAGGACCAGCACCAGACAAGCCGAAUGUUUAUGAUUUCAAAACAACAUAUGAUCAGAUGUACAAUGAUCUGCUUAGGAAAGACAAAGAACUAUAUACACAGAAUGGGAUUUUACACAUGUUGGACAGAAAUAAGCGAAUCAAGCCACGACCAGAAAGAUUCCAGAACUGCAAAGAUGUGUUUGAUCUGAUUCUAACUUGUGAAGAAAGAGUCUAUGAUCAAGUAGUAGAAGAUUUGAAUUCCAGAGAACAGGAGACAUGCCAGCCCGUACAUGUGAUUAACGUGGACAUUCAGGAUAAUCAUGAGGAGGCGACUCUGGGAGCUUUCCUUAUUUGUGAGCUAUGUCAGUGUAUACAGCACACAGAAGACAUGGAAAACGAAAUAGAUGAGCUGUUACAGGAAUUUGAAGAGAAAAGUGGAAGGACUUUUCUUCACACUGUCUGCUUUUAUUAAAGCACAUCCGUCGCUUAGGCCUUAAUGCAGAUGAAAGAAGCAUGUGUGUAACGUUCUGACCAUACUGUACUUUCCUGGAAGAUGAACUUCGAACUUUUUUUUGUUAAUAAUUUUCCUUUUCAGUGUUUGUUUUUACGUUUCAGGUGUUCUGCCACAGGCAGGCAGAGAGACCUGCUGAAUUGUACAUAUGAAAAUGAGAAAUAAAAAUAUACAUAAAGGCCACCUAUUUAAAAAUAAAAAUCAAGAUUUUUUUAAAAUCCUACUUUAAUUGUUGCAAGUGGGAUUUUAAUUAUAAAGAGUGUUUCUUGAAUAUGAUACAGUUUAUAUUGUAUUUUUCCAGCUUACCAAUUUAUUUUAUUUCAGUUGUGCAUUUUUUUUCUUCUUUUAAUGUAAUUGACUGAAUGGCUGGAAUAUGCAAAGAUGUGAAUGGGAAAUGAGUAUCUGUAUAAUAUUAGAUAUGACAUUGGAAGCAUCCAAUAAAAAUGAAAAUCUCUA